ACACAAAAGUAAAGAAGGGGGAAAUGCUGAAAUUCCCACCUUAAAUUAAAUAAGCAAUGAGUUUGUCUCGCAAACAAAAUAUAAAAAAAAGGUUCGGGGCGGUCGCACAAUUGGCACUUGAAAGGCAUCAAGAUACAAUGGCAAUAACUGCAGCAGCAACAUCAGCAGGGGAGACAGCAGCAAACGAGCUAAACAAGUAUUGCUGCUGGCCGCAGCAGCAGCAGCAGCAACAUCAGCAGAUAAAAGGCAGACAAAAGGCACGAGAUGUGAGAGACGUCUAG